AUGGCGAGGCCAGCCGAGGGCUCCGGCACCUGCGCGAGGCCCGCCGACGGCGCGGGCGGUGGGGCGGCGAGACCUCCCCUGGCGAGGGGCGGGCUCCUGGGCGGCGCGCUCCGGGGACGGCGCCCGCACAGCCGCGGCGGGAUGGCAGCGGCCGCAGGCCCCGGGGCCGAGAAGAUCCCACCUCAGUCCCUAACCGAGCUCUGCAGCCCCGGCACGGCGCCGGGACGGCUCUGGGCCUCAGUUUACCCGAGCGCGAGGAGCCAGGAUGACGAUACUGCCUUGGUGGGAGGAUCAGAUCACAAUCUUGGCUCACGUUUACGGAGCCCUGACUCGGUGCCCGGCACUGCGCGAGUGCUCUGCGCAAAUGCUCUCCUCUUCACAAUUAUCCCCAUUUUACAGGGUAUUCUGGAACGUCUGGAGGGUGGGGAGGUUGUGGUUGGAGAUGGCAGCUUUCUCAUUACUCUGGAGAAGAGGGGCUACGUGAAGGCUGGGCUCUGGACUCCAGAAGCCGUCACCGAGCAUCCAAACGCAGUUCGUCAGCUUCACAUGGAAUUCUUGAGAGCGGGAUCAAAUGUCAUGCAGACUUUCACCUUUUCUGCCAGUGAGGAAAAUAUGGAAAGCAAGUGGGAAGACGUAAACGCCGCUGCCUGUGACCUGGCCCGGGAAGUGGCUGACAAAGGUGAUGCUUUGGUAGCAGGGGGGAUCUGCCAGACAUCGGUAUACAAACGCCACAAGGAUGAAGCUAGAAUUAAAAAACUUUUUCGACAGCAGCUAGAGGUUUUUGCCAGGAAAAAUGUGGACUUCUUGAUUGCAGAGUAUUUUGAGCAUGCUGAGGAAGCUGUGUGGGCUGUGGAAGUCUUAAAAGAACCCGGCAAACCUGUGGCAGCUACCAUGUGCAUAGGACCAGAGGGAGACAUGCAUGGCGUAACACCUGGAGAGUGUGCUGUGAAGCUGGUGAAAGCAGGGGCUUCAAUCGUUGGCGUGAACUGCCGAUUUGGGCCCAGGACCAGCCUGCAGACGAUGAAGCUCAUGAAGGAGGGCCUACGUGCCGCAGGGUUGAAGGCGCACCUGAUGGUGCAGCCCCUGGGGUUCCACACGCCCGACUGCGGCAAAGGAGGGUUUGUGGAUCUCCCGGAAUACCCCUUUGCACUGGAGCCCAGACUUGCAACGAGAUGGGACAUUCAAAACUAUGCCAGAGAGGCCUACAACCUGGGGGUCAGGUACAUUGGCGGGUGCUGUGGAUUUGAGCCCUACCACAUCAGGGCGAUCGCAGAGGAGCUGGCCCCAGAAAGGGGCUUUUGGCCUCCGGCUUCGGACAAACAUGGUGGUUGGGGAAGUGGCCUCAAUAUGCACACCAAACCCUGGAUUAGAGCCAGGGCUAGAAGGGAGUAUUGGGAGAAUCUGCUGCCGGCUUCGGGCAGACCUUUCUGUCCUCCACUGUCAAAGCCAGACGCCUAAGAAAUAGUGAAGAAAACACUACAAUAAUUGAACAGAGAGAAAUCUCCCUCAAGCUCCACCUGGAACUCCUCCUGGCCUUUAUCCUCAGCCCACCCUGACAACUCCAGCUGCUGGACAGCUAUGUGCUGCAGGCCCUUCAGUUCAAUCAACACCAGCGUGGUGCACCCCUGCUGUGGUUGAGCACCGAGAGCGGAUGCUGCGGGAGAUGCAAAGGUGAUGGGAAAGCUCCUUGUUCUGGGCACUUACUGUCCAGUAAUGCUGCAGUGCAUUCUUUUGAAAGUCAUCAAGGAUAGCAAACCUUGUCUUUUAGGGUGAAUUUGAGAUUUUAAAACAACCAGAAGUCACUGAGCACCAACCCUAGUGAUUAAUUCAGGUGACUAAGCUAUGUGCCUAAGGAAAAUGGAACGGCAUUCUAAAUUACAACGAGUCUGCUUUUCUUAAACGAUUUGUGUAAUGACUCCAAAGGCAAUCCCAAAGGAAAAGAUGCAAAAAAUGUUUUGAGCAAUGGUAGGAUUAUUGAAAUAAGUGCAUAACUUUCCAAAGUGAUUACUUUCAAAAAUGAUUUUACUUAAAGGUUUUAGGUCCUAGAAUUUCUAAGUGUCUUUACAAUCACAAAUAGCUAGAUUAUAAACUAUUUAAGGACAAGGACCAAGCGAUGUGCUUCUUAUAUUUUUCCUUAAAGUAUUUAUCGUUGUGCUAAGCAUAAUAAUAGAUGCUCAAUGAAGUACUUACUGUUGAUUGUUUAAAAUAAGUAAGAAUAAAUAAACAGUGUUAGAAGACCAUCUUAAAAGUCAGAGUUCAAAUCUAUCGUGGCCUAAUAAUUUCUUGACUUAUGUUUCUGUUAUUUGCUUGUGCUGAUUUCUCUGUCUUUUCAAAAGAAUGUAUC